ACGCAUCCUUACCAAACGCGUGCAGACUGUGGCCGAGGGGUAAUAAGAUAAUUAACAGCUAGUUAACCCCUUGGCCAGAGUAUAAGAACCUGCAGCUGUCCGUGCUGCGGGGGUGGAGUGUACAGAGGAGAGUACGGGAGAACACGGGAGAGCGAGCGAAAAACAAUUGCUAUAUUUAAAAAUAUACUUGUUUCUGUUUGUUUGGCCAUCGCGCCUUUUUGUUUUGUGUUUUGUCGUUUUGUUCAAAUCUGUUGUUUUGGUUUAUUGAUUUAAUAAAUUCAGCUGAACGCCGUUGCGUUCAGUUUCACCCGCCCAUCCAUUGUUUUGGUUCAGUUACUUCCUGGUCCGUGACGUCACCACACCUCACCACUGCAAGCCAUCCUGCAACAUCCCCCCAUUAGAAGGAAGGUAGGCGGAUGCCUGCACCUGAGGUCGGGGAAGUGAGAUCACUUGCCCACCAAAGGAUGGACCCCCGGCUCUCCGCGAAACACCUGCACCGUGAGACAAAACAAAGAAAAUAUGCCGACGUAUAACAUAUACAAAAGACUAGAAAGACAAACAGGACGAACACAGGUGGUUAGGAAUUAUUAGUAGGUGUGACUGUGAAUACCUGCCGCUCAGUGCAGAGGAAAAACCCCCUUGAGGCCGAUUAGGGGAAAACCUAUGGUGGCCUCGGCGGACAGGAAGCCCCCACUCUGGGCAUACUAGCAAUUUUAGAAUGGGCUGCAACUAUAUCAAUGGUGAUGAAUGACUAAGAAUCCAUCACAAAAGAGGACCAGCUCCACAUAUUCUUGAUCAGGCUGUGAUUGAUUCUGGUCCUCGUGGCGGAGGUGGCUGUGGCUAUAUAGAAUGAAUAUGAUAUGAGGGUGGAGGGUUGAGAACCAGUGACGAGUGACGAUAGAGCGAGGGGAAUCAAUGAACAGAGGGUCUGGGGGGGCGGCAGGGUCUCCUGCUGGGGAGAUACCUUGCCGCUGAAAAGAAAGGGAGAUAGGGGACUCGAUACUUGACAGCUGAAUGAACUGACCACACCGAAAUUGAUCUGUCUUGGAGGCGUGCAGUCGAAUGAUGAAGUAGGCGUCUGAAGUAGAAGAAAGGUCACAGAAACGAAUACCCGCCACGGGAAAACUAGAAGCAGAAGAAACAGUGAAUGCUUCAGUUUUCAUGUUGUCAUUUGAUGUUGUACUUUUUCCUUGUUCAAUUUAGUUUUGUUCUUAGCUAACAGUUGCAACCUGACAGAUUUAGAAUGUGGAAUUCCUUCCAAAAGGCACCACAGCACUGUUCAUAGUCUGUUACAUGACCAACAAGGGCAUCUGAGAAGGCACCCACUCAACAUGGCAAGAUGCUUACAUUGUUCUGAUUAACUGUUGGCUCUAAUUCCAUCAAGGUCUGUUUCUCUGCAGUAUACAGGAGCUCCUGUCACUAUCAAAGUUUGUCAGACCUACUAUCUUUCCCAUUGUGACUGAAACUGUUGAAAAAUAGGGAGAUGCAGACUUUAUGUAUUGCAGAACACAUCACGUCAAUGACGUGAUAGGGAAUUAGAGACUAAUUAGAGAUCCCCAGCUACACGCCCCCCGAGCUGCGCUACGCUAUAUUUUUUGAACACCUUGUAUAAUCUUGUUUUUUUAAGAAUGUAAUCACCUUUCAUGCACUACUAAAAAGUGGUUAUUUAAAAGAAAUUCCCCAUACUUGAUCUGCAUAAUGGUUCUUACCGCUUCAUUCUCAUUGCAAAUUCACACAAUGGGGUUUACAAAACAUAAACUGAAAAAAAGAGAUUAUGAAAUGAACUGAAAUCACCCCUUGACUAUGGGUAAAAAGCACAAGAAUCCAUCACAACAACAAACAAAAUCAAAAACCUCAGAUUUGUACAAAUGUUACAAAGUCCCAAGAUAACAUAUAGAUUGUGGCCACUCCCUAUCUAUUGUGCAACAAAACAUCUCUAACUAUCAUUCAGUAGUAACCUACUGUGUAAUCACAUCAAGAGUUGUGGGCAGAACAGUUGCCUCAUGACUAUUAUGGGAUGGUGAACAAAAAACCCUCCCACUCCCUUUCACUCCUUCCCCUCCCAGCGAUAGUGAGACUAUAUAAAUUACACAAUGUUUCAACAGGAGUGACUCAUCGCACAGCUAUUAAAGGAAGAUGGAGAAGGGAAGCUCUAAUACCUUUCCCAGCGCACCCUACCAAGCCAAUCAAAUGAAUGCUUACCCCAGUGGUCAGCAGAUGCCCUACCCUGUAAAUCCAGGGGUAAAUGCAAUGACGUACCCUCCCCCUCCACCCUAUUCACUUGCAGGAGAACAGCUGCCAACAGUGCCACCUGUGGUGGUGACUCAGCCCCUCACGGAUCUGCCGGGAAUGGCGCUGUGCAUCCACUGCCAGCAGCAGGUCCGCACCACAACCGAGCACCAAGCCGGCGCGCUCACCUGGGUCGUCUGUGGAUUCAUUUGUUUAUUUGUGGGUUGUCUGGGCUGUUGUCUCAUUCCCUUCUGUGUGGAUAGCUGUAAGGAUGUGGAGCACAGGUGUCCGACCUGCAAGCAGCUGCUCCACAUCCACAAACGGCUGUGAAAGCCCUUAUUUGUACAGGACUUGAGAUUAGGCUCCAUGUGCAAAUGUCAGCCAGUAAAAUCUAUUUGCAUAAAAGCACAUAAUUGAUCAGUUUUCAAUAGACAGUGUGUUAAGACAUGUAUAAUAUACUAUAUAUAAAAUAUAAGAAAUUCAACCCAACGAAAAAGGGACCAAUGAUCAUGUUGCUCAAAAUAUCAAUUUUGGUUCUUUACUAAUGCUUUUUUUAAAUAAGAUUUCAUACAUGUAUUGUUGCUCAUUUUCUUUUUAUUUUUUAAAGUGAGGUUUAGUUGGUGAUAUAAAGUGAGCUUGACCAUUCUGUAAACUAGGUUUUAAUUGUGAAAUAAAGUUGGGAGAUGAUGUUUCAA